ACCCCAAAUAAACACUAAACUCCAACCCAACAAUUUCUGAAACCUUUUCCAUGUACAUAAUUUAGUUGUUAAAUAUAUAUACAUAGAGAUUUUUUUUACAGCUCUAAAACCCUUCUCCCAAUUCUUCAGUUUCUUCAUUAUCAGCCGCUGUAAAUUACCCCGUAAUUCUUCAUCUUUCCGUGGUUGUUUGGUCGCUGGUGAUAAUGUUCCAACAGUCUAGGUCAUUGCUUUUGGCAGGUGAUACUGUUUUUUGGAUUAGGACAUUGCCUUGUUUAAACGAUUUUGAAGUGUGAUCUGGAUUUAGUGUUAAAAUCAACUCUUACAUUGCACCAUGGAGAAAAUCAGAAGCAAAAGUUGGAUUGGAAACAUAUACCACAAGUUUGAGGCUGUGUGCCAGGAGGUAGAUGGAUUUGUAACCAAGGACACAGUUAAAUAUGUUGAGAAUCAGGUGCAAACUGUUGGUGCAAGCAUGAAAAAGUUAUACUCGGGUGUGGUGCAAGAUUUUCAUAUCCCAAUAGAUGAUCAUAUAAAAAGAGAAACACAAGCUGUCAAUGGAAAGCAAAAGUACGAUGUUGGUACUUAUACUAGUUCAGUCGCAGGCACUACACAGAACCCUAUCAAAGAGCAAUCAUCUGUAGAUCAGUAUGCUGACAAUUCCCCUGAAAGCCAUAAUGCUUCAACUUCAACUGAACUUGGUGUGGUAGCUUCUGAAGAAGGAGAAAUUGAGUUUUCUGUAGGAAAUGAUAGAGCCGCUGCAACUUGUAAGAGCUCUCGUAAGGUUUCUGAAGAGAAUAUAACAAGGGAGGAAGAACUGGUAGAUGAGGAAUCAAGUACUUCGGUAGCCACAAUUUCAUCUGAAUCAUGUUCUGACAAAGAUUCUAAAGAUACCAAGAGCGGUAGCUUUUCAGAUGAUGAUAACUGUUUUUCUGAUGUAUCAAGCUCUCUGAUGAUUAUACUACAAGAUGAUAUUGUUAGGGAGGAGCAACCACUGGCUGAGGGAUCAAGUUCAUUUCUGGAUAAUUUGUCUGAAUCACAAUCCAGUGCCUCUGAGAAGAAUGAGAAAAUGUUUGAUAGUUCUCCUGAUGCUAUUAAUUGUAUUUCUACUGCACCAAGUAGUCAGAUUGUUUUGCAACGGAACAUCACUAGUGAGGUUCAACCAAUCACUGCUCAAUCAAAUUCUUUUGGAGAUAUUGCUUUAUCCAAGUCAUUACCAUCUUUAAUGGAGGAAAGUCAUGGAAAUUCCAUCACGGCUAAGUUCCCACAUCCAACUUCAUUUUAUGAUACAGAACUUGGAACCUUCCCAGAGGAUGAGAGAGGAUGCAACAGGUUUUUUGAUGCUGCUGAGAGCAUUUCCAAUGUUUCAAUAACUCAUACGAUAUUGCAAGACAAUAUCACCAGUGAGGAUCAACUUGCACCCAAGAAAUCAAGUUCUAUUAGAGAUAAAAGUUUGCCGCAAACCCCAGCAUUUACAUCUAAUAUACCUCCAACUUCACUUAGUGAUGCAGGAUUUGGGGUGUCCAUGCCCGUCUGUAAAAGCUUCUUGGACGAUAUUACUUGUGUUUCUGAUAAGUCAAGUAAGGGGGCAUUUGAAGACGCUCCAAAUACAUUCCAGUCAUCUGAACUUGUACUUUCUCGAGUUCUUGUAGAGAAUGAAAGCGUGGAUGUAGACACCGGAGUAUCAGACUCUUCCCCGUUAACAGAAUUUUCAAGCCUGUCAAUUGGAAACUGUUCACUGGAAGCAGAGUCCGAUUGUAGUAUCUCCACUGGCCUCUCAUCUUCCUUGUCAACUCCUUUAGCGAGUGCAAACAAUGUUGUUGCUGUCAUUCCAGCUCUCUCAAGCGCUGCUGCAUUGUUGAUGGAUUUCAGUGAUGUAAACGUCUCGAGUUCUCACGAGUCAGUUGGGGAUUCUGGUUCAAUAAGAAAUAACCUUGAGUGGUAUCCAAGCUCUCAGUUGAAGGCUCUUAUGUGUCCUGCAGAAAUAGGAUGCUUGAAUGAUUGCUGCAUUGAUCUUCCUGGGAUGGAAACGAUUGAUCUAACUGAUAAGGGAAAGCAGGAAAGUUGUGUUCUUGUGGACAAUAAAUUACAAAGAACGGUUUCUUUUAGGCCAAGGAAAUAUAAGUCGUACAAGGAACUAAUACAGGAGGCAUUUGCUUCUAGGAAGAGAUUGAUAAAGGAAUACAAGCAAUUGGCUGUUUUGUAUGCAGACGUUGACGCAGAAACCAGCAAGCACACUGAGUUGCCUUCUCUUCCUUCACCAUGUUUACACUCAACAGAAUCGUCCAUCAGUGAAUCUGGGUGGGAACUUCUAUAAAUAAGCAUUUUUUCUGUGCAAAACUUUCCCAUGUUAAUAUUUUCUGCUGGGAAUUUUCUCUUUGUAAAGGUUCCAUAAAAUGAUUAGCGGUCGAGCUAAUCAUGAGUCUUAUUUGUGAGAUAAAUGAUGGAAAAUACAUCUUUUUUUUCUUCCUUUUCGCUUAA